UCAUGAGCACAGCGCCCUCGCUUUCUGCCCUGAGAAGUAGUAAGCACAGCGGCGGCGGCGGCGGAGGCGGCGGCAGCGGUGGCGGCGGCGGCGCGGACCCCGCCUGGACCAGCGCGCUCUCUGGAAAUAUCUCCUGCCCCGGCCCCGGCCCCGGCUCGUCCUCCGCCGGUAACACCAAGCCUUUCCUUCACGCCGUGCCCCCCUCGGAUCCUCUACGCCAGGCGAAUCGCCUGCCUAUCAAGGUGCUAAAGAUGUUGACGGCGCGGACGGGGCACAUCUUACACCCAGAGUACCUACAGCCUCUGCCCUCCACUCCUGUCAGUCCCAUCGAGCUCGAUGCUAAGAAGAGCCCACUGGCGCUGUUGGCCCAGACGUGCUCCCAGAUCGGAAAGCCUGACCCAUCGCCCUCUUCCAAAUUGUCCUCGGUGGCCUCCAACGGGGGCGGUGCCGGGGGUGGCAGCGGCGGUGGUACGGGGAGCGACAAGGACACCAAAUCGGGCCCCCUAAAACUAAGCGACAUUGGGGUCGAGGACAAGUCGAGUUUUAAGCCCUACUCCAAACCAGGCGCGGAUAAGAAGGAGCCGGGAGGCGGUGGCGGCGGCGGUGGAGGCGGGGGCGGGGGCGGCGGCGGCGGCGGCGGCGGCGGGGUCUCGGCAGAGAAGUCGGGAUUCCGAGUACCGAGCGCCACCUGCCAGCCAUUCACGCCCAGGACAGGCAGCCCGAGCUCCAGUGCCUCUGCCUGUUCGCCUGGAGGGAUGCUACCCUCUUCUGGAGGGGGGCCCGAGGGCAAGGAUGACAAGAAGGACCCGGAAGGCUCGGGCGGCAGUGGCAAGGGGUCUGGGGGCUCCUCAGGCGACGGAGGCCCAGGCGGGCUGGCCCACGGCCGGAUUAGCUGUGGGGGAAUUAACGUGGACGUAAACCAACACUCCGACGGGGGUCCCGGGAGCAAGUCCCUGGGCUCUGACUGCGGUAGCUCUGGUUCCAGCUCAGGUUCCGGCAGUGCCCCGACUUCCUCCUCGGUUCUGGGUUCUGGACUGGUGGCCCCAGUAUCCCCAUACAAGCCGGGCCAGACAGUCUUUCCCCUGCCCCCCGCGGGCAUGACUUAUCCUGGCAGUUUAGCCGGAGCCUAUGCUGGCUACCCUCCUCAGUUUCUACCACAUGGGGUGGCCCUGGAUCCCACCAAGCCAGGGAGCCUAGUGGGAGCGCAGCUGGCCGCUGCUGCUGCCGGCUCCCUGGGAUGCAGCAAACCUGCCGGCUCUAGCCCCUUGGCAGGGGCGUCUCCUCCUUCAGUGAUGACUGCGAGUUUGUGCCGGGACCCCUAUUGCCUCAGCUACCACUGCGCCAGCCAUCUCGCCGGGGCAGCUGCAGCUAGUGCCUCCUGUGCCCACGACCCUGCAGCCGCUGCAGCAGCUCUCAAGUCCGGAUACCCAUUGGUGUACCCCACGCACCCGCUCCACGGCGUCCACUCGUCUCUGACUGCCGCGGCUGCGGCGGGGGCUACCCCGCCCUCGUUGGCCGGCCACCCUCUUUACCCUUAUGGCUUCAUGCUCCCUAACGACCCGCUGCCCCACAUCUGCAACUGGGUGUCGGCAAAUGGGCCCUGCGACAAACGGUUCGCCACGUCGGAGGAGCUGCUGAGUCACUUGCGGACGCACACGGCCUUCCCCGGGACGGACAAACUGCUGUCCGGCUACCCCAGCUCUUCUUCCCUCGCCAGCGCGGCUGCGGCAGCCAUGGCUUGCCAUAUGCACAUUCCCACCUCGGGAGCUCCGGGAAGUCCCGGAACCCUGGCCCUGCGCAGCCCCCACCACGCGCUGGGACUGAGCAGCCGCUAUCACCCCUACUCCAAGAGCCCCCUCCCUACUCCUGGCGCCCCUGUGCCGGUGCCGGCUGCCACCGGACCCUACUACUCCCCUUACGCCCUCUACGGACAGAGACUUACCACAGCUUCGGCGCUGGGCUAUCAGUGAGGGGGGGUGGGGAAGGGAGGGGAGGGAAGGAAGUCGGGGUGGGGUGGGAAAGGGGUGGGUUUUUUGGGGGAGGGGAGAAAGCAGGGAAAGGGGGGGAAAUUUGAGGGAGGGGUGGGAUGGGGGCCCGAAGGCAUACAGAUUACCCAACAUCGUGGGGAAGAUGGGGCAAGAGAGGAAAAAAAUAUACAGUAUAUAUAUCUAUCUAAUCCAGCAACAGCAGCAGUCAGAGAUCCGAUAAACACCCCUCUUUCCCCACUUCUCCUCUCCUCUCCUAAACUUUAUAAAAGUUGAAAAUAUCCUUUGACUUUUUAUAGAAAAAAAUUGAGAAAAGUGUUCAUCUGAGGACUGCAUCGGAGGGCACUGGUAUUUAUUUAUGUUAGCUCCAAGCGGACCCGUGGUUCAGAAGUGCAUUAUUUAGCUCAAGCUCCGUAGGUUUAAAGGAGGAGGAGAAAAAAAAAUUUUAAGCUCGAAGGAAAAAAAUGGAAAAAUCCCCCUCUCCCAUUGUAGAUUAUAAAUAAAAAACCAUCACAGAACUAGAGGUCUUUUCUUUAAUGUUACUUUAAAAUUGCUAUGAUUGUAUUGUACGUUCUUAUUUAAUGUCUGAUGGAAACGACAAAUUUACAUGCAUGUUUGUUACUAAAAGAAAAAACAACAACUCGCAAUUUGUCAGCUCUGGUUUCAAAUUGCAAUUAUUUUUAAGGUGUAUACCAUUGAAAGAGAAUGGGUAUUUUUUUGUAUGUAUUCUGGAAGAAAAAAAGAAAAAAAACAAUUCUAUUCCAAAACCUCAUUUGCCUUAUUUUGUUCUUUGAAAGGAACACUUAACUAUUUUUAAUUUUUAAGUCCACCCGCUGAGAAGGGGACAAGUAAGGUUUACGUCAUGUACUAAAAUAAUAGACAAUGUAUCGCUUUAAAGAUUAAAAUUCCGUAUAUUUGAUGUAUUAAAAGGUUCUACUUCUUA